UCACCUCUGAGCAGAUUGAACAUCUUCACCGGAGAUUCAAGCAGCUGAGCCGGGACCAGCUGACGAUCCGCAAGGAGAAUUUUGACAGCAUCCCCGAUCUGGAGUUCAACCCAAUCAGGGGGAAAAUCGUCCAUGCCUUCUUCGACAAGCGGAACCUGCGGCCAGAGUCGGAUGGGCUGGCAGACGAGAUAAACUUUGAAGACUUCCUGACCAUCAUGUCCUACUUCAGACCCAUCGAGAUGAAUAUGGAUGAGGAGCAGCUCGAUCGCUUCCGGAAAGAGAAACUCAAAUUCCUCUUCCACAUGUACGACUCAGACCAUGAUGGGAAGAUCACGCUGCAGGAGUACAGAAAUGUUGUGGAGGAGCUGCUGUCAGGGAACCCCCACCUGGAGAAGGAGUCAGCUCGGUCCAUCGCCGACGGGGCUAUGAUGGAGGCAGCCAGCAUCUGUGUGGGACAAAUGGGGCCGGACCAGGUGUAUGAGGGCAUCACCUUUGAAGACUUCCUUAAGAUGUGGCAGGGGAUCGACAUUGAAACCAAGAUGCACGGGUCUGCUGAGGCAAGAGCCCACCUUUGCCCCUUCCACACACUGGGAGCGCUGACAGCUCCUAAGGAGUCCCCAGAUGAGAAAUCCAAAGGUGGCAUCUAUCUCCAGGGAGGACUGGAUGGUGACUCCAUUCUUGUCUUUGAAGUUAUUAGGGAAGAGGCUCCAUUUAAAUGUCACCCAACCCUGGUGAAGAUGUAA